CUCUGGCGGGCCGUGCCAUAUUGGAAUGAGGCAGUGAGCGGAGCGCCGGGGAGCCCGAGCCCCGGCAGCGGCGCAGGGCUGGAAAAACUCCCCGCAGGAUCCCAUCCUGAAUGUCCGGGCUGCUGUGGAAGGCGGGAGGCGACUGAUGACCACCAGCCAGUGACAGCCUCGUCCUGCCUUGCUCCUGCUGCUGGGACAGCCACUGGGCUUCUGUGGAGAUGAAUGGAGAACAGCAGUAUGAUGCAGAUGCAGGUUCCAGUGUGGAAGAAAUGGAAUUCAACUGGGAUGAAUAUCUAGAAGACACAGGAGCAACUGCAGCCCCCCAUGGAUCUUUUAAACAUGUGGAUACAAGUUUGCAGAACGGUUUUGCCCCUGGCAUGAAGCUGGAAGUGGCUGUCAAGUCUGACCAGAACACCUACUGGGUUGCCACCAUCAUCACCACGUGCGGGCAGCUGCUGCUGCUGCGCUACGACGGCUACGGCGAGGACCGCAAGGCCGACUUCUGGUGUGACAUCCUGACUGCUGACCUGCACCCCAUCGGCUGGUGCCAGCAGAACAAGAAGAUUCUCAAAGUGCCUGAAGGUAUCAAGGACAAGAUACCUGACCAGGAAGAGUUCCUUCAGAGGGUGCUCAAGGGGGCCUGCAGUGCCCCUGCUAACCUGCUGGAAGGGCUUCACAGAGGGAAAAAUCCAUUGGAUCUCAUCGCACCCGGCUCCCGACUGGAACUGCAAAACAUCCGGGAUUCCCUGGAAGCCUGGAUCGUCAACGUGGUGGAAAAUGUUGGUGGGAGGCUCAAGUUGCGAUAUGAGGGCCUGGAGGAUUUGGACAAAUUUGACCAGUGGCUCUUCUAUUUGGACCCUUUCCUUCACCAAGUGGGUUGGGCAGCUCAGCAUGGAUACAGCCUGCAACCACCUUUAGCCAUUAGGUCCUUGAGGAGUGAAGCAGAUUGGCAAGAGAUCCUGAAGAAGGUUAAAGAGGAGGAGGAGGAAUCCUCUGUUCCUACAGAUCUUUUUAAGGAUAAACCCGUGAUUGGAGUGCACUCGUUCUCUGAAGGCAUGAAGCUGGAAGCUGUGGACCCAAUGGCUCCCUUUCUUAUCUCUCCUGCUACAGUUCUCAAGGUGUACAAUGACAAAUAUUUCCUGAUAGAAAUGGAUGACUUGAGAGCGGAGCGCGCGAGCAGCCAGCGCUACGUUUGUCACCUCAACAGCGCCGGCAUCUUCCCGGUGCAGUGGAGCCUGAAGAACGGGCUGCACCUCAGCCCACCCCCAGGUUACCCUGGGCAGGACUUUGACUGGGCUGACUACCUCAAACAGUGUGGUGCCGAGGCAGCUCCCCAGAGCUGCUUCCCUUUGUUAACUUCUGACCACGGAUUCAAAGAGAACAUGAAACUGGAGGCUGUGAACCCAGUUGAUCCUGAAGAAGUUUGCAUUGCUACGGUCACCAAGUUAAGAGAUUCAUACCUCUGGCUUCAGCUGGAGGGCUCCAAGAAACCCGUCCCUGAGUGUAUAGUGAGUGUGGAAUCCAUGAAUAUAUUUCCAGUGGGUUGGUGUGAGACGAAUGGAUAUCAGCUCAGGCCUCCUCGCAAAGCAAUAGUAAACAAGCAGAAAAAAAUUGCAGUAGUCCAACCAGAGAAACAAAUUUUAUCUUCAAGGACAGUUCAUGAUGGACUAAAGAACCAGGAACUGAACUCUUCUGAUUCAGUGAUAAUUAAUGGCAAGUACUGCUGCCCAAAGAUCUACUUCAACCACCGGUGCUUCUCGGGGCCUUACCUGAACAAAGGCAGGAUUGCAGAGCUCCCCCAGUCCGUGGGACCUGGGAACUGUGUUCUGGUGCUGAAGGAGGUUCUCACUUUAUUGAUCAACGCCGCCUACAAACCCAGCCGUGUCCUGCGAGAGCUGCAGCUGGAUGAAGAGGCUGCCUGGCAUGGCCAUGGAGAGACCCUAAAAGCCAAAUACAAAGGCAAGAGCUACCGCGCGACCGUGGAGGUUGUGAGGACGGCAGAUCGGGUGGCAGAUUUCUGCAGGAAAACCUGCAUCAAGCUGGAAUGUUGUCCAAACCUCUUUGGCCCUCAGAUGGUUCUGGAUAAGUGUUCAGAGAACUGCUCUGUCCUGACCAAGACAAAAUACACACAUUACUAUGGAAAGCGGAAAAACAAGCGGAUAGGUCGGCCCCCGGGUGGCCACAGCAACCUUGAAGUAGCCAUGAAGAAACCAAAUAAAAGACGGAAGAGACGAAAACAUUUCUUUGUUCAUAAGAAAAAACGUUCUUCUACGUCUGUGGAUAACACUCCAGCUGGAUCUCCCCAGGGCAGUGGGGCAGAAGAGGAGGAUGACCAGGAUGAGGUGGAUGAAGAGUCUAUGACUGAGGACAGCACCUCGGAGCACCAAGACGAGCUGCUUGAAGAAUCAGAGGUGUCAGAGAAGAAAUCCCUAUCAUCAUCUCCCACCCAGAGUGAACUGUCGCAUUCCCUGGCUCAGGACCGAGACAAGCGGAAGAGGAAGCUCAGGACCUUCUCCUUUUCUGAUGAUGAAAAUAAACCUCCUUCGCCAAAGGACAUAAAGAUGGAAGUUGCUGAAAAGCUGCAGCUGGACAGUAACCCUCUGGAAUGGAGCGUGGCCGAUGUGGUACGAUUCCUCAAAUCCACUGACUGUGCUCCACUGGCAAGGAUUUUCCUUGACCAGGAAAUCGAUGGCCAGGCACUGCUGCUGCUGACCCUGCCCACUGUUCAGGAGUGCAUGGACUUGAAGCUUGGACCAGCUAUUAAACUCUGCCAUCACAUUGAGAGGGUCAAACUUGCCUUCUACCAGCAGUUUGCAAACUGAGGAGCAGGCAAGUUGAAGUGGACCUUUGAAGCACAACUACAAAAACAUGCUCCUUCCUCUCUAGCAAGUAAAGCCAAAUGAACUUCAACUGAGGCCCUGGUGACCUAAAAGUGUGUGUCAGCCUCAGUUUUUUCUGUUUCAACAGAAGGAAGACAACAUCUGGAGCAAAAUGCCAAUGCAAACACAGGGGCUACUCUACCAGCUGCCAGCUCGGGAACACAAUAGUCUCUUGCUCUAUGGUUCCCUUUUUUUAAUGUAUUUUUUAAUGAUGACAGAAAAGUCUCCUCUUGUGGGAAAUGACAUUUCAAUAGUUCUGUUGGCACGGAACUUUAAAAGGAGAAACGGAUCCUGUUUACGUUCGCAUGUAGGCUGCCAGAAAUAACCUUUCUGUUCCUGAUGUUUCACAGAAUCCCCUGCCCUCCCUGUGGAUGAACACUUGCUUUACCACAGCACUGACUUUGGAAUGUGUUCUUUGCACAUUCGUGUGUUAAUGUUGGGAUUUUUAAUGAAUUUGUUCAUUGUUAGGACAACAAUGUGGCCACAGGGUUCUGAAUGUACAGUAUAGCAAGAGUGUGGUUCCUUUUGAAGUUUUUUUUGGGGUUUUUUUUUGUUUGUUUCACUGUUGUUGGUUUUGCUUUUGUUUUUACUACCUCUGUAGCCUGAACAGUAGAAGUGAUUAACUAAAAGGGGAGGGAACUGCUCGUUCUGGACACGUGGUCCGUGGCUGCACAGCAGUCUGGCUUCUGUGGGCAUGUCCAGAGUGCAAACCAAUGUCAGCUUCUGUUCCAAAGCUUUAGCUGAAACUUCUAUAGGCAUAACCUGGAUGUUUCCUUUUUUCAUAUGUCAGAAAACUGAAUUAUUUUGCACUUCUCUUACAGGCAGGCUGUAGGACAUAAGGAAGGAAAGAGAAAGUGCCUCUGCAUUUUCUAUAUUUGGGUUGUCAGAUUGUUUUUUUUUUUUUAAUUGUAUGAAGUUAUUUCCUUUUUCUUCUAGCAAGCAAUUGGGCCAUGUACUUAGAGCCUGUCAGCAGACUUUUGCUUUGCUACCUGAACAUCUAUUUAGAGAAUACGCUGAGAAAACUGCAAUUAAUAGAGGACUGCAAUAUAGCUCUGCCAGUGUUUGCAUUCUGGAAACUCCUACGAGCUUGACUUUGUAUUUUUAACUAUCUACAGAUGCUCAGGAUCAGACGUGAUGGAAAUUUGGUAGGUCUGCACAAAGGGAUUUGUGUGCUUUUAUUACAAAAAAGGAAAAGGGCCAAUGGGACAUCUUAGUUCCAUCAGUAGACUCACAGUAGGAUGAACUGCUGAUUUUAAUUUUCCAUGGUAAUAAAACCCAAUCAGCUAUUUGCUGUAGGCCAGUGCUUUACACUUGGAGUAACAGGGCUUACUUUACUUUCCAUUAAAGGUGUGGGGAAACUCACAUCAGGCUCAAGAUCUGCAUCAAAUAAGUGUUGAGUUUCAGCUGGCUUGCAUUCAUUCACUCUGCCUGUUCUCAGAGUCUUUGGAGGAGCACAGGCGGGAGCUGGAUGUGUGCAGCUCUGCUCCUUUCUGUCCUAUUCAAAUCCACCUCUGCAGGAAGCCCCUGAACUACAAAUGUGUGAGUUGGGAAGGUGCUUGCUGCAGGAAUGGGUUUAAGAAAGAUGCAGUUAUUGGGUUCUGAUGAACAGGGAUUACUCUGAUCAAAUGGAAUGACUGGAGUGUCCCUUAAGGCCCAGUGUGAUUGGCCAUUCCAAAGCUGUGAGCUGCAGGAUUCAGCAAAGAUGUGGUUUGUGGGCUGAGAGCUGAGUUGGCACAGCCUGUGACUUUACCUGCCACUUUGGUGUUGAGGGGGAGCUGCCUCCAGUGAAAACUGCUGGGACUAAGCAGAGCUCAGUGACUGGGGGUGGUUAAUUUUGCCCCUUAGGGUAACUGUCUAGUCAAGGCAGUACUAGUUACACAAUUAUUAAAAUCAGAUUUUUUUUUCAUUCCAGAAUCAAAAUGUAAAUGUCAGAUUAUUUAUUAGCUGAAUAUUCCUGACGGAGGGCAGUGUGCAGCUAGGACAAUUUUUCUCCCACAUUGUAAGCAGAGUGUAAAGACACAAUUAAAUUGAAAUCAAAGUGUCCCUUUUUCCUCCUUACACUGGAUAUGUGGCCAAUAAAUGGAUGUUUUGGCUCUUCAUAUUAUGCUUAGAUCAUUUGUCUGCACUCAGUCCCUUAGGACAAACUCAUUCAUAAGCCAUUAGGCUUGAAAAAAUUUCUAAAGAAACAUUGCUGCUUUGCUGCCAGUAUCUUGUCGUGAGAAAUUUGACCAGUGGAGAACUUCUGGGCUGAAAGAUGAUGCUUUUUGGGUCAGUGCAGUAGAAUAACCAGAGUUCUGUUGUCCUGAUGCCUGGCAGGAUUGACCUCCAUAGCCAAGAGAUGUUGCUUCCACCUUUUCCUAUAGAUAGAUGUCUUUUUAAGUAGUUGUCAGGAGAGAGCAGAGCUGAACGUGCCAUUUAGUGGACCUGUUAACAGGUGCCUGGGGUUUUAAAUACAAAUGUCAUACUUCCUUUUCUCAGUAGAUAAAACAGUCAGCAGUUUCAACCAUUAGUGGGAUACUUACUGGUCACCUUUGGCAUGUUUUAUAGGCUGGAUUUUUCUGCCUUGUUUUGGGAGGCACUGACAGUCUGGUCCCAAUGGGAUCUAUUUUUGUUGAGAUUUUCAAAAGGGAUCUUUUCAUUAUUUGUGAAAUGUUUUUAUGCUGCACACGGGUACUGUACACUCUGUUUCCUGGAAAAAAAAAAUGCACUCUGUUUUAUUGCUGGAUUUAAAAGGGAUAAUUUGGGCUUUAUCUUGAUGGAUGGUGUUUCUACUUGACUCUGUUUCGAGUUCCUCUUUCUCUAUGUGUGGCAGAUGACACAACUGCACUUGUUCAUCUUACUCCACUAUGACUUGAAAUCAGCUCAUGUGCUGCUUUAGUCACUCUUGUUUCUUCAAAACUGGAUUUUGUGUAGCUGGUGGCUGAAUCUUGGAUUUGGGUGACAGCAAUGUUCCACCAUCAGAAAUCACUGGGGCUGCACUAAUUUAGGGUUCAGGGGUUUGUGCUGUCCUCUAGCACAUAAUUCACCAUACAGUACAACAAAGCUGGAGUCCAGGAGAAAGGCACUGAUGUUCCACAAAGGUCUCCAGUACAAGAAAAUGAACAUGGAGCCUCGUUAAUGUGGCUGGUAACAGGAGUUUACCAUUGGCUUGACCCACUGAGGGUUUGGGUUCUUGCUUCUCAUGUUUUCAUACGCAUUGUGCAAUCUUUGGUUUGCACAUUGUAGCUUUAGAAACCCGAUGGUGCCACUUUGACUGUGCUAAGCUUAGCCUUGUUAGGCAGGAGGAUUUUGUUCAGUCACUGUUGUGUGCUUUCUGCACCAACUUAAGGAUUCUGUAACAGAGAAGUAUUUGACCUCCAAAAAUGCCAUGGAAGCUUAAUGUGAUAGAAUCAUUCCCAAAGCACAAGCAGCUUGCAGUCCAUCCUAAACUGAAAGCAGUCCUUCCAGGAGAGGAGAGGUACAGCACUGAUCUUGGUGAAUGAAGACUACUUUUUUCCUAUCUCUAAACAUUUCUGAAAGUUCCUCUUUGAGGGAUGAAAUAAAAGGCAGAUUAAUUCCUGUAUUGUAUAGAACUCUAGGAGUGUUUACAGUCUCUCCUGGGGUUAAUGGAAACAGUACAUACAGAGUUUGGGAGCGGUUUUAAAGAUUACAUACUCUGUCACAACUUUUAGCAGUAUUUUGUUGUUGUUUUAGGAUUUGCUAGUGUUUGUUCUUUAUUCCAGUGAUGCUUUAAAGGAGGGAAGGAGUAUUUAGCUGCUAGGUCCACAGAAGUGUAAAUAUAUUUGCAGUUGAUUGGACUGAGCACUCCAUUCUUCUGUGACUAUGUAUGAAGUACAAGCCUUGGUACUUCCUUAGCAGAAAGCCCAGUGGCUUGUGAGAUUUUUGAAUGUAAUGGAAUAGGCUUCAAAACUAUCGAGCUUGAGUUGGAGACUGGAUACCUUUGGACCAAAUCUGUUGUUACUAGAUGAAGUAGCCUUACCAGAAAGCCAAAAAUAUGAUCCUGUACAAAGCUACUCCUUAACCAGUCCUGUCACAAAGUGUCAGCCUGGUUACUGCCUACUGUGAGCUCAGAUUACCUGAAAGUAACUAAGCACAAAGACAUAGGCUCGGUCAGGAGACUUCAGAUGUAGGAUGAAGGCUCCCCUUCCGAGGAAUUGUGUGCUGACCCCUUGUUUCAGAGUGCUGCUGCCCUUCCCCAAACAUGCAUGUAGCCUUGUUUUCAAAGGCAGCCUUUUGGGUGAAGGAUUGCAAUGGGACUUGGGAACACCAGAGACAACAAGCAUCUUUUAUUGUUGUAAAACCAAAAUACCUAUCUGUAUGAAACACAACAAAUAUGAAUUAAGGUUAGUGACACUUUGUCUCCAUGGUCAUUUGUAGCUUCCUCAGCACCGUAUCUUUUCUGAAAUGCAACAGACGUACAAGUGGACUUUUGGUGAGAAGACAAAGUUGCUCUGUUCAGGUGCUCAGCCAGCAGUGUUUGGUGCAGCUUUAAGCCAUGGAAGCGAGCAGAUCUUGUGCUGACAAAGUCCCAGGGCAGUGGGUCUGAGUGACUUAGCACAAACAGUGGCACCCCUCUGGCCUGGCACAGACCAGGGGAGCAGCCCUGGAGCUUGGGGACAGCUCGUGGCAUGGGGUCAAUACUGAGCUCUGGGAACAAAGGAAUUCUCACCCACUCUGAAAGUUGUUGAGCACCAGUUUCCAAGAAGCCUCAUGGCAAAAGAAACAAAAUAUCUGGAGGUGUCAUGUUUCUCCUCUCCAUUUUAAUUUUUUUUUUGUAUUUUCUGUUUAAAAUAAAUUUUAAAUAAUCUCUAUAGACAAUCAGAGGUCUUCUAGGAAUCUCUACCCAAAAGGGUGCCAGCUCCACACCUGUGGGCCUCUUUCUUAUACUAACUCAUUGGAACUGAUGCACUUUUCCUGUAUUUUGCCUUUUUUAAUUAGCUGCUUGUUCUUAAACAAAGAUUUAAAUGCAUAUUGUGUUGUGUCCCUUCUGCUUGUUUUACCUUUCUUUAUCUUUUAAAAGAAAAAAUAUAUAUGCAGUGAGACUGAAGUACUACAUGGAAGAGAAACAUGCACAAGAAAAUAUGCCUAUUAAGUCCCACCAUUGUUUGAGCAGGUGUAACAAUUUAAUCAGAGGAUUUUUUAAAAAAAUAUUUUGGAUGGAUAUUAUACUUGUUUUGUCUGUAAAUAGUGUACAAAAGUUUGUGUUAUAUGACAGUUUUAAGUGGUUGUAAGAAAAUUAAAAAAGAUACUUAAACUGUUA